CUCCUCGUUGGCUCGUUGAACUGGGCGCAUCCGUAGGCUCCCCAUUUACCGGUUACCUCUGUAGGUUGUAGUUCUAUUUCUCUCUCAUCUUGACUGCGCUCGAAUAUGUUCUGUCGAUAGGGCUGUCGAUUGAGCCACUUGCGCGUGGGCCGAUAUGGACGAUUAUCUUUUCCAAACCCAUGUCAGAAGCUGCAAAAAUGUCGUCGAGGCUACCUCUUACCUCGAGAUUCUGACUUACUCGGAUCCGUCGUAUAAUUCCGUCGAGGAGCACCCAUUAACCCCGGAUGAGUUCGAAAACUUCCUCAAUCGCCGAGGCGCGUUUGAACCGCCCAAGCUAAAGGAGGGUGUAAGGCAGCUCGGUGGCAUCCGGAUGGUACUCCAGCAGAAAGCACAGCACCCGGAGACCUUCACUCCUCACUACAUAUCGCUCACCGCAGAGGCGUACGAGUCUAUGGUGAGGACUUUUCGCCUGCCUUUCCGAGCCAUUGAGGGAACCAGCGUUGUUGGGCCAUUUUUCUGGUCGGCCUACGACCAAGACGACGACGAUCCUCACCUGCAGAUCAUAUUCCGCAAGUCCGAUGUCCGUAAGAGGGGCAAGACUCGUGGCUGGGAGCUGAUGCUGUCGCACUCGCUCCGCUCGGGCGUCACCACGGGCUAUGCGAAGGGGACCGAAUCCUCCGACAUGGUCGAGAGCGUCAAGCAUCUAUGUUUCUGCGCCUCGCAAGUCAUGCACCCGCUCCUGCUCCCCAUCAUCAUCCUGUCGCACGACCUGUCUGCCAAGACGGACCAGAAGCAGCGCGAUGCUCGCGACUGGCUGCGCCGCCUAGAACACGCCGUGUCGAUGCGCAACGAAAUCGCCGAGGACGAGGGCUACGUCAGGGAGGAUGUCAUGGACCUCGACCAGAUCAACCGCGACCUUGUGGAAUGCCAUUCGCAGGUGUUGUGGAAGCGACCUCAGGCCUACCAAGAAAUCAUCUGCGGCAUCGAGGUUGCCAUGCAGCGGUUCUGGGACGCGGCCAAGCUCGAGGCGAAGUACGGCGGGGAUGGCGGCGAGAUCCACAAGCUGCACCGCAGCUUGAUCGCCAGGCUCGACUUCUACAGGGCCAAGCUGAAGGGCGUUGAGAAUUACGCGCACACGACGCUUGAGCGGCUUAAUAUCCAGCGGGCUGCGCUGUACAACAUCAUCGCCCAGAAAGAAUCCAAGCUCAACCUGGAAAUGGCCGGCCAGCAACGGCGCCUGGCGAAUUGCAGCAAGCGCGACAGCGCCGCGAUGAAGUCGCUGUCCCUGCUCGGGGCCAUCUUCCUGCCGGCGUCGUACCUGGCGUCCGUGUUCGGCAUGGACUUUUUCAACUUUGAUGGCAACGGCGACCCGCCGCCCGUCAUCUCGCCCCUGAUCUGGGUCUACUUCGUCAUCACCGUGCCCAUAACUCUGGUCAUCCUCGUGAUAUGGCGCCGUUGGGACAAGAGGCGCGAGGCCAAGAACGCGGCCGAGGACGUCGACCUCGAGGCCGGCAUCGAGACCAUGGAGGAGCAGAUCAUGACCAAUAUGCGGAGGAAGACGAUGAAGAAGUUUAGGACGUGGGAUCUGGGCAAGGCGGAGUGAAACUUGGUUAUCUCUGCCAUGAGGCUGGGCGGAGACCGGCAGAGGGUGCAGGGGAUGUGUCUGGUGCUUGGAAUGUAUUGGUUAUAGCAGGUGCUGCUUUUUCAUUUCUUCAUUUCUUCUUUUUUGGAUAUGACACUCAUGAUGUUACGACUCACGAAUUCAGGAAUACAUAGAUCUAGGGAGUAAUAUUCCGCGGUAGUCGCCUAGAUUUGCCAUUCGUGUCGCAUUAUCAAGGAAUUUCCGAUUCUGGUCUACGUAUAAGAUGGCGUGAGAAACCGACUUCCCACAACACUACGCCACCGCCCCCUUGGACACCCUGAUCAGCACCAGUCCCUCCGUCUCCACCCCGCCGGCGUCGAGCAGGUGCACGAACCGGUACCCCGCCCCCAGCCGGUCGAGCCGGACGCACGCCCACGCCGCCAGCUCGUCGUGCCCGAUCUCGUCGUCGCGGAUGGUGAAGCGCACAAACGAC